AUGGCUGCAUUCACCGAGCGUCGCACUUCGACGGCUAGCGGUGUUUUUACCGGAUUCAACCGCGGAUUCAACACCAACGCUAGGCGGAGGAAGGAGGGGGAGAAGGGGGAGGAGGGGGAGGAGAGGGAGGAGGGGGAGGAGGGGGAGGAGGGGGAGGAAGGGGGGGAAGGGGAGAAAUCGAAGAGAAACGAAGAAACUCGUUCUGCUGGCGAAUAUCUUCUUGGACGCGAAAUGCGGGAGGUCGGGAAGGGGAAAUCGCCAGUUGAGAG